AUGUCGCAAUUAAAUAAAUUUACAUUUAAUAUUCGGUCUACUGUUCAUCUUCAUAAUGAAAUUAAUUUACUGUCGAAGGAAGAUAUUCAAUAUACAUUCAAUAACUUUCAAAAUAAACAAAUUAUUUGUUGUCUUGAUUAUUUUUCCGAGCUUGAACGAAGUGAAUGUCAUAUUUAUUCAUAUCCAUAUGAAUGGAAAGAAUAUCAUAAAAUAACAAAUAAUUUUUCUGGUGAAACAUUUAAAUAUGUUCGUGAAAUAUCAUUAUUUGAUGAACGACCUUUUGAACAUGAAUUUUUUUUUAAAAUUUCUCAAUCAUUUCCAUUCAUGAAAAAAUUAACUUUAAUUAAUGAAAAAUCACAAAAUAAUAAACAAUCUAGAAAAUUAGAUGAUGAUAAUAAUCAACAUUUAUCAAUCAUUGAAUAUCCAUAUCUUUCUGAAUUGGAUCUUGUUGAAGCUCAUGAUGCUUAUAUCGAACAAUUUCUUGUUGAUACGAAAACCUGUUUAUCAAAUGGUAUUUGUCUUACUGUUGAUUAUCAAGCAUUGUACAGAGUAACACAACAAUUUACAAGAAAUACAACACAAUUAAAUUGUAUAAAAAUACGUUGUUUAGGUCUAAAUGAUAUAUGUCAAAUUCCUAAAUAUGUAAAAGAAUAUUUUCCUCAUACAAAAAUAUUGUGA